CACAUCCGGGGCGCCGCGGGCGUCACGCGCGGGCCGUGAGGCGGCGGCCAUGCGCGCGCUGCUCCUCGGGCCGUGGCUCCGCGCCGCGCGGGGCCUCCCGCGGGCACCGGGGAGCGGCCACCGGCACCGGGGGCACGGCGGGCACCGGCCGCAGGGACCGCUCCGGCAGAAAGUGUCGGUGGAAGUGCUGGACCACCUGGAGCACCUGGCCCUGGUGGAUUUCCGGGAUGCAGAGGGCGUGGAGCGGCUGCAGAAAGCGAUCCAGUUUGCUGAUCAGCUUCAUGAGGUGAACACCAACGGCGUGGAACCCAUGGAUUCAGUGCUGGAGGACAGGUGUCUGUAUCUCAGAGAAGAUGAUGUGACAGAAGGUAACUGCACCAAAGAACUGCUGGAAAAUGCCAGAGAGAAAGUAGAGGAGUAUUUUGUGGCUCCACCAGGUAACAUCCCUUUACCAAAGCUGGAAGAACGAGAGACUUUUCUGCAGGGCUCUCAGUGACAGCCCAGAGCCCAAAUGCCCUUUCAGAAUUUUAUUUGGGGAAAAUGAAGUUUUGUGCGGUCACAGCUGAAACACCCUGGCAUGUAUUUUGGUCAGAAGAAAAGCACUUGCAAGACAGAAGAAAGAAAUGUAAAAGUUUAGUAGUGCUGCUGAAAUAUUCAGUGUCUCUGAAGCUGGACAGCAGCAUGGCAGAUGACCUGAGUCAUCUUUAUUCUCUUUAUUUGGCAAAGUGAAUUUGCUGUCUGGAGGUGAGAGCAAACCCUUGUCCCACUCUUAAUUGUGCAAUUACCUCAUUAUUUGUUUAAGCAUCCAUAAUAUACUCACCUAGAUAUAUAAAACAUGUAAUUACUAUGAUCUUGAAUUCUUUCAAGGGUAUUGAAAUAAAGCCUGUCUUUAACACCACUAA